GAAAAGAAAGGGGAAGGUGCAUGAUUUGAUCGUAAUGGAAGAAAUGAAGUGGGUCAUACAAGUUAAUGAUGACCUCAAAAAGAUGGUGGAUACUUCAACGGAAACGGAGCAGUGGAAAAGGCGUUCAAUCUACAAAGUACCGGCAUGCGUCGCAGACCUAAACACAAAGGCGUACAUACCUCAGGCAGUCUCCUUCGGACCUUACCAUCAUGGGAAAAAGCAUUUAAACCAGAUGGAGGAGCACAAGCACCGAGCACUCCUCCAUUUCCUAAAGAGAUGCAGGAAACCUAUUGAUUUGUUCUUUAACUCUUUAGCUCAAGUGGUGCAAGAGUUGAAAGACUCGUACGAGCCGCUUGAUCCGAUGUGGAAAGAUGACACCCCCAGAUUCUUGCAAUUAAUGAUUCUGGACGGCUGUUUUAUGCUUGAAAUCCUGCGUACCGCGACUAGUAUUUUGGAUGACUAUGCUCCCAAUGAUCCAAUAUUCAGCAAUCAUGGGAAGCUCUAUCUCAUGCCAUAUAUCAGGCGUGACAUGCUGAUGCUUGAAAAUCAGCUGCCAAUUCUGGUUCUUGACCAUCUUGUUCAUGUUGAGAACAAUGAAGCGAAGGAUAAAGAGUUUGUCAACAAGCUCAUACUCCAGUUCUGCUCCCCCAACACCCGAAUUUCAAAGAUGGGUAAAUGCUUGCACGUGUUGGAUGUGCAUAGGAAGAGCCUGCUUGGGGAAAACCCCAGGCCAAAAACGCGUCCAAGAAAGUGGGCUGGAGUUUCUUGCACCGGAGUAAACCAUGCAAAUGGUGACGAGUUAAUUCGAUCUGCUACAGAGCUUUAUGAAGCCGGAAUCAGGUUCAAGAAAAGCGCAAGUGAGAGCCUCGAAGACAUCUCGUUCACUGGCGGGGUCCUUAGGCUCCCAGUCAUCGUUGUAGAUGAUGCCACGGAGUCGAUGUUCUUGAACCUAAUAGCCUUUGAGCGUUUCCAUGUAGGGGCAGGCAACGAGAUUACGUCCUAUAUAUUUUUCAUGGAUAACAUCAUUGACAGUGCCAAGGACGUUGCCCUUCUACACUCGAGCAGGAUCAUACAGAACGCCAUCGGAAGUGACAAAGCCGUUGCCAAACUGUUCAACUCACUCUCCAAGGAUAUAGCGCUCGACCCAGAAAGUAGCCUCCGUGUGGUGCAGAAAAGAGUCAGUGGCUACUGCAAGAAGCCCUGGAACCAGUGGCGUGCCAAUCUCAUUCAUACCUAUUUCAGAAAUCCAUGGGCUAUUCUCUCCCUUAUUGCUGCAAUCUUCCUCUUCGCCAUCACUAUAGCUCAGACCAUAUACACCAUAUAUCCUUACUAUCAUGAAUCUCCUCCAUCCUCUCCUUACCAUGAUUUUCUUCCGCCCUCUCCUGUGGUUUCUUCCAAACACAAUCCACCUCACCAUUGACAUCCAAUCACUCGAGUGGAGUUUUUAUGUUUUUUGGCCGACUGCUUUGGGUUUUGGAUAUGUUUUCUUUUUCAUAUUUGAUUUUAUUGCUCGUCUGUCAAUCAUUUCAAUUUUCGGAUGUGGGUUUU